AUGACCUUUGCUCAAGAUGGUGGAGCGAUUACAUCUAUUGGCUUUAGAAGCGGUUCACAUGGUUUGCAAAGUCCUUCAAAUGUUGAUGAAAACAGUAGGAUCACUUUGCUACCUGAUGACAAUAAUGAUGUUUAUUUAAUUACUGGUUGUGAGACAGGAUAUAUCAACUGUUGGAAACUUCAAAACAAUGGAAAAAGUAGAUCAGUUGGCGAAGCUCGCAACUUACAUUGGGGUAGUGUAAUAACUAUAUACUGCAUUCCUGGAGGUGAUGGUGCCAAUGGAAUAGUAACGUCUGGAACAGACAAUUGUAUAAAGGUUUCUUACUUCGAUCGGUCUGACGGUAGUCCGCGUACAGUAUAUCGUCGAGUAGGCCAUUCUCGACCUCCGAAUCGCAUAUUAUUCUGGCCCGGGUGUUCGGCCGGUGGUGGGUUGUUACUUAGCGCUGGAAAAGAUGGUGUACUUCGUAUAUUUUCAACGUUCAAUGAAAAUAUGAAUAAAAGCCUCGGUUGCGCAUAUGCUCCUGGAGUUCCGGAUCGCCGGAAAACUACUCGUCAACAGAGAUCACCGUGGUUACUACCUGACGUGGUCCACAUGGCUGCAUGUUCUACACGUGCUGAGGCGUGGGAUAGCGUGGUUGCAAUCCAUAGCGGGAAACGGCAAGUAACCAGCUGGAAUUUCCCGAAGGCUACUCGAGGCCAACACUGGUUUGAUCCACUGAAAUUUCAUGGGUGCUAUGGGGAAGCAAAUCGGUUGUACAAGAACAUAGUUGCUACGUGUGCAUACUUGACAAGUUGUGGUAACUAUGCUCUCAUUGGUUAUUCAAGUGGAGAUGUCUUCAAGUUUAAUAUGCAGUCUGGUUUGGAGCGCGGUUCAUAUGGAUCACCUACCGCACAUUUGUGCUCUAUUGUCGGACUAGCUGUCAAUAAUGUAAACCGAGUUACCAUAACUGUUGGUGAGAGUGAAAUUCGUUUCUGGUCUUUUCACGAGCACAAGUUACAUGGACAACUUGACUUACCAUCAACCUCUUUGUUGGUCAGAUUUCAUGCUGAUAGUGAUGUUCUAGCUGUCGCUUUGUCGAAUGCGGCUAUCACUUUGGUUGACAUUGUACAUCGAAAGGUUAUUCGAACGUUCAUCAAUUCUGAAGUCCAACCUUGUGUUGAUAUGGACAUUUCAUUUGACGGCCGAUGGUUAGUUUCCGCACACCACGGAGAUCCCUUGGUAAAAACGUGGGAUAUAGUGGAUAGUAAACUGAUAGACUGCUUUCGUGUAGAAAUUCCUAUCACUUCAAUCGCUUUAUCCAGGGCAAAUGAAUUUCUAUGUACAACUCAUUCAAACUGCCUUGGUAUCUAUCUUUGGGAUAACCGUGCAACUUACAAACAUUUACACCUCCAGCCUUUACCUAUUGAUUUUGUUCCAUCUGAAAAUCAAUCUCCAGUAUCAUUACCAACUAGAAUAUUAAUGACUCGAAAUACAUGUGAUCUAAUUGAGCUUGGUAUGGAUACAGAUAUCAGAAAGUAUAUGGAUUUUGAGUACAUGGAUGAAUUGUCAUCUGGAAAGUGUGGAGAACACGUUUAUAUAUCUCCUGAACAAAUUCAUUGCCAUCUUUUAACACUCUCUGGAAUCCCAUCAUCAUUUUUUGCAACAUUACUGAAUUUGGAUUUUAUUCGACAACGUAAUCGGCAAGCUGGGAAACUUUUAAAUAACAAUACUGCUACUCAUGCAGUUGCAGAAAAUCUCAUAAAUCUACCAUUCUUUUUGCCAGUUGUUGAGACCAAUCAAGGCUUACUAUCGGCUGAUGAUUUUAGUAAUGGGUUGUCAACUAAACAACAGUUGAAUAAUAAAACAAGUAAUCGUAAACGACGUGGAUUGUUGGAUAAAGAUUUCGAACUCGCUAUUGAACCUAUACAAAACUUAUCUAUGAGACUUAUUCGAGCGAAAUCAAAUGAUGACUUCGAUAAGAUUUCUCAUGACUUAAAAUCAGUUGGAAUUACUGGACUAGAUUUGGAAAUUCUUCUACUUGUUCCAUCAGCUGAAGAGGAAAUGCCUUGUUUAAAUCCUAAACGAACAAAAGCAUUCUAUGAUCAUGUGACCAAUCCUUACUUAAAACUGCAUGGAUUUCUUCGAUAUAUAAUUAAUCGGUUUCAAUCGAAUCGAGAUUUCGAUCUUGCUUGCGCUUGUUUGGAAAUUUUGUUGCAACAGCAUAGUGAUAUUUUAUUCCGACAUUGUCAUGUACAGAACAAUUUGUUUAAUCAAAAACCGGACGAACUAAAUGAAAAGUAUCUACAGAUAGUGAUAAAAGACCAAAUGAAAUAUGAUUCGAUGUCCCCUUAUUUCGUUACAUUAAUUUUAGUUAACCAAGCAAUAAAGACUAAAAGAAAAGCACAAUCGAACUUAACACAUUGUAUUACUCAAUCUUUAUGUUUAGUUGAUUUCAUUCGUAAUCCUGUGACUGCAUUGCAGUUAUAAAUAAU